AUGGAACUUACGGACUAUGAGCGCAAGCGGAAUGAGAACAUAAAGAACAAUGAAGCAAUGGUGCAGUCACUACACUUGCGUAAAUUAGUAGAAUCCCUUAGCAAGACCACCAAGAGGAAGAGUGCCAAUAAACACACAAGAUGUCAUAAGAACAUGAGCAAAAAUGUUGAAGAUGAGGGAUCUGAUUCUGAAUACGAUCCAUGCCUUGAGAAGUGUACUCAAUCUGAUGAAGACAAUCCAGAGCUUGAGAAGGAUGGAAUAGGACAGGAUGCUCUGGAAGAAGAGAUAUGCACAUCUACUAGACCACAUGUUAAGGCUUCUUUGAUGGCUCCUGGAGGUAAACAUCAUUCAAAAUACCAUAGAAUCACUACUAAUGAUGUACAAUCCAGUACUCCAAUGUGCACAAGAUCACUAUUAUCUGGACUGAAUAGCCCACCUGUUGAUGGAAUAAAUAUGCCAAUUUCUUUGAACACUUCAGUAGGGGGCCAAAGCCAACUAGGCAACAAUCUUAAUGAGGAUUACUCAACUUUUAACACUAACAAUCAUACAAUAGAUGGUGACGCAUGUGAGGACCAACAUGCACAAGUUCACUCCAAUUCUAGCCUUGCUGUAUCUAUUGGAGGUGCACCUACUCCCAAGAGACGUGAUGUGCGUAAGAGGACUAUGGGUCAUGGUCUUGACAAGAUAAAUGAACGACACGGUUCCAGAUUGGCCAUUUUUGUACCUGAAGGGAAGAUACGCCCUGAACAUCCGGUACAGGCUGCAAAACUAGCAUCUGAAUGUGGUGUUGCCCUUAGAGAUCAUCUUCCUAUACAUCCACACUGGAAGAACUACAAGAAAACCAGGCUAGUUGUUGAUGUUAACCAUGAUGGACCAAGCAAAAAAGCAUAUGAACAAAUCCAGUUAAGAGGUCCACCACCAAAUGUAAAUGCUGCCGACUGGGAAAAACUUCUUAAGAAGUGGAAUGAUCCAAAGCACAAGGAAACCUGUGACAAGAAGAAGGAAAAUCGAGGCCAAGUCAAGCUUCACCAAAGGACAGGAUCUCGUUCCUACAUUGCACAUCGCUUUUCUCUUAGGUCAAAGUUUCAAAAUAGAGAUCCAGAUGCUAUUGAAUUCUUUGGGGAAUGUAUGACUAGCUCAAAGAAGGGUUGUACUGAAUUUGCAAAGGAAGUUAUUGACAAGAUGGAACUAGAAAGGCAGCGUGAACCUGACGAAGGUGAAGAACCAAAGUCUCCAACCCAAAUUGCUGCUGAAACUCUCGGCCAAGUGAGCAGCAACACCCAACUCAUUUCAAAAAUGGGCAUUACUUUACCAUCCAAGAAGGCAAAAACAGUUUUUUCAACUUCCCAAAUUGAUAAGAUGAUGCAAGCUGAGAGAGAAGUUGCUGCUAGGGUACAAGGGGAAUUGCUUCAUCGAAUUGCAUCUCAGGAGGAAGCACUUAACUCUAACAAAACAGAACUUGAUUCUACAAAGGAAGAACUUCAGUCUACAAAAGACGAGGUGAGGCAAAUGAGAUUGAGGCAAGCAGAAACUGAGUUGAUACUGCGUCGUUUGUUGGAAGAGCGAGAAACACAAUCCAAUGCUUAGGGUGGAAGGGCUACAAGAACUCCAUGAUAUUGUCUUUACUUGUGAAGGUUAUUUUGCAACUAUGGUGGCUGUCUAUUAAGAAGUAUGUUGUUAGCUAUUGUAUUUUGUGAAUGUUAGGACUUAGUGAAAUUGUUACAUGGGGAAAGAUAUUUUGGGUAUACAGGACAUGACUUUUAGAUAGUAUGUCCAGAUCAUUUUGUGAAUGUUAGGACAUAGUGAAAUGCUUGAAAAUAUGAUGUGGUCUAUGAUGUAUGCUAGUUUGGACCUAUGUUGUGCAAGACUUCAAUGAACUUGGCAUGUAUUUUGGAACCUACCUA